AUGAUACCACUUCUACUGAUACUACCCGCGUUUACCGGGCUGCGCCUGACCAUCGCCGCGAACUCGGGGCUUUAUAUCUCGUUGCAGGACGAAAACAACCUCUGCCUGUCGGUGGAAGGCUACACAGUGGAAUUACAUUCCGGUCAUUGGGUCUUCGGGGCCGCUCCUUCAGUACAAUCAAAACUUGACCGUCAUACCUGUCAAUCAGACUGGCUACGAUAUCACCGACCCAGUGGGCGUCAACUACGGCAUAUUUCACUCUCGAGGAUGCAAUUGACUCGUAGAUGGAGUUGGACUGCCAACAAUGAUAUUCAACAUUACGUCAAUAAGGACUUGUGUCUUCAAGGUGACCCGGCUAGUGGACAUGUCAUACCUGCCAAGUGUUCCGGACAGUCCAAUCAAGCAUGGUCAUACAGAUUCACGGUUAGUGUACCAACGGACGGAGUUGUACCUAUUGGUGUUGUGUAUUCCGAUCCACAAGGGACUCAUAGAAUUCGAGGAAGGAACGAUCUUUGCGUAAGCUCGGAGGCAUAUCCCGGUUCUGACAACUACACUGGCACUUUGUUUGCCGGUCUGACUGCAACUCUUGCUCAGUGCGUCCCAAAUGACUCCCCUAUCACGUCAUUCCAACUUUUUGAACCCUUUUCGAACGGCUCUGGUCCGAUCAGAUUCGAAAAUUCCUCCGCCGCAUUCAAAGGGUCGUCUUAUUGCCUUGACGCUGGAGAUUCUCCGGUAAACGGCUCUACUGUCCUUGUCCAAAUCUGCAAGAAUGGGGCGGUGGGUCAACAAUGGACAAGUACCAACACAUCAAUUGCCUUAUCUGGUCAAAAUCUGUGCUUGCAGACCGGUAAUGAGAUGUAUGGCGGCGGGUCCAACGAAGGGGACUACACACCAGUAUUUGUGUUGCAAGUCUUCACUUGUAACAAUGCACUCAAGCAGCAGACUUUCACGACUUACACUGGCGAGAAUGUGCCGCCCCCUAUAUCCACCAGCCGUGCUUGA